AAAAUUUCAUAACGAGUGAAAGUAAACCUGAAAAAAGUGUGUUAAUAAUAGUGGAUGCUUCACAUUCCAAACGUUUUAAGUAAAAAAUAUAUUUGUUAAGCGUCAGUUAUUCCAACUUGUCUAAUUGAACAGACUAACAUAGUAAAAUCUUAUGAAUGUGGUUUAGUUGUUUUUAGAAGUUAAAUAUUUGUUUCUCAACCUCAUUCAUUCUAAAGCUUGACAUUUUGACAUUUAGUUUUAAAGCCUGCUUUAGAUUUGCAUUGAAAAGGAUUACAAAAUGUGAAGAAAUCGAAGACUCGCAAUCAACGAGAUUACGCAAAACUGUUUAUUAAUAUAUCAGGAAGUAAAAUCAGAUGACAUUAAAUAUUGCGAAAUUAAGAUAUUCAAAGUUAAAAGCAAAGUUGUUCGGUCCUUCCUCGUUAUUAUAAUAAUAAUAAUAUUCAACAGUUUUUGGAAUUAAGGACGCUAUCACACCAAAGCCAUCAAGAUGUUUAUUGAAGAGGACGUAAGCAUGGAAAGCUUCUGGAUUCACGUGGCUUUAAGCGCACUGAAAUCCUUCUCGUUUGUCUAUGAUGUCAUCACUUUUCCCAUAUAUUUAAUUCUCCAACGACCUUGGAAAACUCGUGUGAUGUCCCGUAGAGCAAAGGCGAAAAUUGUUAAUAUGGAUGACACUCAGAUAACUUAUAGAAGUUUGACUCAGCCUAAAGAAACACAUAUUAAGUUGCUUCAGGAGAAAAUUGACACUUUGGAGAAGAUGUUCAAGUAUGUUGUGAAGAUUCAUACAACAAAACGUUGCUUGGGCACACGUGAGAUUCUCGGUGAAGAAGACGAAGUUCAAGACAAUGGAAGGAUUUUCAAAAAAUAUAAGCUCGGUGAAUACAAAUGGCGUAAUUAUCUUGAAACCGAAAGUCAAGCAACUUACUUCGGUAGAGGAAUUCGAGAAGUUGGUGUAAAGUCUCGUGAAAAUGUUGUGGUGUUUGCUGAAACUCGCGCUGAAUGGAUGAUUGCAGCUCAUGGACUCUUCAAACAUUCAUGUCCAAUCGUCACUAUUUAUGCGACAUUAGGAGAAGAAGGAAUCACUCAUGGCAUAACAGAAACAGAAGUUAAUACUGUCGUAACAUCACAUGAACUGCUCCCAAAAUUACGAAAUAUUUUACCGACAAUUCCCAAAGUCAACACGAUCAUCUUUUUUGAAGAUCAACUUCAUAAAACAGACACUUCCGGAUUUGGGAACAUUCGUGUGAUUCCAUUCUCACAAGUUCUUAAAAUGGGCGUUGACAGUAAAAUUGACGAAACUCCACCUUCAACUGACGACGUUGCAAUCAUAAUGUAUACAUCAGGAUCAACAGGAACUCCAAAAGGAGUUUUAUUGACACAUGCUAAUUGUUUGGGAACAAUGAAAAGCUUUUGCGAUGCUAUGCCAAUUUACUCAGAAGAUGUGUUAAUAGGAUUCCUACCAUUAGCUCAUGUAUUUGAGCUUAUUGCUGAAAGUGUUUGUCUUCUCAGUGGUGUACCAAUCGGUUACUCAACACCAAAUACUUUAAUCGACUCAAGCACAAAGAUAAUGAAAGGAUGCAAAGGAGAUGCGACGAUCUUGAAGCCAACAUGUAUGACUACUGUACCGUUGAUUUUAGAUAGAAUCUCAAAGGGAAUCAACGAUAAAGUCAACAAAGGAUCAGCGUUACAAAAAGUCAUCUUUAAAUUUGCAUAUAAUUACAAAGCCAAAUGGCACCGACGUGGAUACAAAACACCAUUCUUGGAUCGUCUGAUCUUCAAAAAGAUUGCAAGGUUGAUGGGUGGUAACGUUCGUUUGCUUGUAUCAGGCGGCGCCCCUUUGUCUGCUGACACUCAUGAACAAAUUCGACUUUGCCUCUGUGUAGACAUGUGUCAAGGAUAUGGUUUAACUGAAACAACAGCUGGAGCUGCUGUUAUGGAUAGAUACGACAUGUCGUAUGGUCGCGUUGGUGCUCCCACGUCAAUAAAUGACAUCAAGCUGAUCAACUGGGAAGAAGGAAAUUAUCGAGUUACAAAUAAACCUUAUCCUCAAGGAGAAAUCGUUAUGGGUGGCGAAAACGUCUCCAUCGGUUAUUAUAAACUUCCUGGAAAAACUGCUGAAGAGUUCUUUGAACAAGAUGGAUUGAGAUGGUUUAGAACAGGAGAUAUUGGUGAAAUUCACCCGGAUGGAGUUUUAAAGAUUAUCGAUCGUAAGAAAGAUUUAGUUAAACUUCAAGCAGGGGAAUAUGUGUCGUUGGGAAAAGUUGAAACUGAGAUGAAAACAUGUUCACUUGUUGAGAAUGUUUGUGUAUAUGGUGAUCCUUCGAAGACUUAUUGUGUAGCACUUGUUGUGCCCGUUGAAAAGGUGCUAAUGGAGCUUGCUACAAGUUUGGGUAUCACUGGAGACUUUGAAGAGCUUUGCUCGAAUUCUGUUAUUGAAAAAGCGGUGCUUAAAGAACUUGCUGAACAUGCGAAAAAGAGUCGUUUACAGAAGUACGAAAUUCCUGCAGCGAUUACAUUAUGCAAAGAUGUAUGGUCACCAGAUAUGGGCCUCGUAACAGCUGCCUUCAAAAUUAAACGUAAGGAUAUUCAAGAAAGAUAUAAAGCAGAAAUCAAUAGAAUGUAUGCGUCUUAACUAUUGGCGCGUCAUUGAUCUGAAUGAAUCUGAAAUUUCAAGUCACGCUUUCUACACAAUUAUCACAUAAAUGCUCUGCACUUGAAUAUUACAUAGGAAUUUCACCAAAUUAAUUACUUUUAAAUGAAAAUGUGUUUUUUUUUGAAGCGCCAUCUUUGGUAACAUUUUCCAAUCAUUCUUCUUCUUCUUCUUUUAAUUAUUAUGUGAAACAAACAAGCAAAAAUGUUGUGAUGGAAAAUAUUAGCGUAAUUUUAAUUCUGCUUAAAAAGGAACAAACGUAAUAAAAGAUUGCAUUAGUUAAUCAAUCAUAUUAAAAUCUCCCCACUAAAAAAUAGAUAUCUCUACUUAUAUCAAAUUUGUACAUUUACAUACAUUAAUAAAUAAAUUAUUUACGGCUUAAGAUAAUUAUCAUUUUUUAUGUAAAAUUUUAACAAAAUAAUCUCCUUCAUUAUAAAAUUCUAUUGUGUAAAGUGUUUUCUUGAAAGAAACUACGCAAUCCCAGUUUAUGAUAAUAAAAGUUAAUUAAUAAUUUUACAAAAUAGAAUUGUGUAAUGAAACAAAACGAAAUUAUUUUGAAUUAAGACUUAAGUAGCCACAUUAAUAAAAUUCGAUUAACUAGGAUUUUGGUUAAUUCAUUUGUAAAACCCAUUUUUGAUCGAAGUUAUUUAUAUUGUAUUUUUUUUUAUAAAUAUGUACAUCUAUAAGUCUAAAUUUAAGUCUGUCUGUUUAAAGAGAAAAUCUUGAAUUGUCUGAAAAAAAAUGUUUCCUUUUCCUUUCUGUAUAAAACAAUGGUAAAAGCAUAAAAAUAUUUGAAGUGAAAAGAACAAAAACGUUUUUGAUGUACAUAUAAGUGUAAAAUAUGAAAAAGACAAAUUUACUGCUCACUGAAGAAAAAUAUAUGAGAUGAGCUUCUAAUUCUGUGUGUAUGCUAAUAGAAGCUUUUUUUAAUUAUAGUAAUGGCUGAAACAAGGGCAAACUAAUAAUGAGAUAUCUAUUUAACAUAAGUUCUGAUGGUGAAAUUAAAUAAAACUUCCUCAUUUUAUAUCAAACGAUUAUUUAAGCAAAUAAAAUAAAACAGAAUGCAAAUCUGAGAUUCAUUAAUCCGACCAUGUCUACUCAUUCAUUAAGGAAAAAGUAGGAAAUACAAAUACAAAUUGAUUUUCAAUUGUCAUUAUAAAACAUUCCAAAUAUUUCUUCUUUUUCAAAGUAUUUGAAUCAUUU